AAUAAAUAAAACCAAACUAGAUCUUGGGAUUAACCCUUUUUUUUUUAUUUAUUUAUUGAAAAUGUCGAACUCAAUUGACCAAUUUAUAUCCAAUGUUGUAGAUAAACCACAAGUCUUUUUUACUUCAAAUCAAGAGGUUGUUAAUAAUGCUUUGGAAAUGGCAAAACAUUUCUACGAUAAUGUCAAAAAAAUAGAACAAGUCCAAUUUUCACCAUUUACAGAAUUAUUAACAGAGGGAUUUGAUAACGAUCAAAUUUGGGAAGAAAUUGCAGCACAAAACGAGCCCUUUUUAGAUUAUGCUAAAGAUGCUCUUAAAUCAUUUAGCACCAAAAAACCUUCUCUGAAAGAAUCUCAAUCAUUUAGUGACGAUGAAAGUGUAUCCGGCCAAUCCAUGGAUCUUGAUGAAAAUGAAGAAAUCCAGGACGAUGAUGAAAAUUUCGAAUUUGAUCAACAAGAAGAAACAGAAAAUGAAUCUCAAGAUGAGGAAGAAGAAGAAGAACAAGAAGAACAAGAAGAAGAGGACACAGAUAUAGAAGAAGAAGAAGAAGAAAAAAAACCUAAAAAAACAUCAGAAGUAGACGAUGACUUUUUUAAUUUAGAAGAAUUUAACAAGUGGACUGAAGAACAGGAACAGUUAGACAUGAUGUCAGAUCGAGAAGAUGAUGAAUUUGAUUUUGAUAAAAAUUUAGAUGAAUCCGAAGAUGAAGAAGAUGAAGAUGAAGCUGUAGCUGCUGCAGAAAUGACAUAUAAUGACUUUUUUGGAAAGAGGCCAAAGCAGUCAAGUAAAAAAAGAGUUCAAUUUGAAGAUAAUAUAAAAGAAGAUUUUGAUGAGACAAAUUCUGAUAAUGAGGAGGAGGAGGAGGAGGAGCAGUCAAAUGAAGAAGAUGAAUCAAUGCAGGAAGGCUCAGUGCGUGAUCUCUUUGCAGAAGAAGAUGAUACUGAAGAAUCGAAUGAUAAUGAUAAAUCCGCCUUUCAAAAACAGCAAGAACGAAUCCAGGCACAAAUUGAAGAAUUUGAAGAAGAAAAUAUUCAAGAUAAACAUUGGACAUUACGUGGUGAGGCAACUGCUAAUAUUCGACCUGUAAAUAGUCUCCUUGAAGAAGAUCUUGAAUUUGAACAUGCGAAUAAGCCUGUUCCAGUUAUUACACAGGAAACCACAAAUACCCUUGAGGAGAUGAUUAAAAAACGUAUCCUGGAUAACAUGUUUGAUGAUGUUGAACGCAAAGUGGAUCCUACUUUACAACCUUUUGUGCCUUCUAGACGUAUUGAACUUAGUGAUGAAAAAGCCAAGCAAUCACUUGCUGAAAUAUAUGAAGAUGAAUACAUGCAUAAACAGGGGAACCAAGAAAAGAAAGAUGCCCGUGAUGAAGCACUUGAAAAGGAACACGAAGAGAUUACAGAAAUGUUCAAGACAUUAUGUUACAAAUUGGAUGCCCUUUCUAAUUUCCAUUACACACCUAAGGCACCUAAGCCUGAAAUGACAAUCGUGAGUAAUACUGCUGCUAUUAGUAUGGAAGAAGUGAUUCCUGUCAAUGUCUCAGAAGCUACUUUACUGGCUCCUGAAGAAGUAUAUGAUAAGAAACGUAGUGAGGUGAAGGCGACAACAGAAAUGACACAAGAAGAACGUAAACGUCUUAGAGCUCAAAAGAAGAAAUUGAAGAGAAAGGAAAAGGCAAUGAAGGAAAGAGAAAUGAAGGUAAUGCAAAAGUACAAUCCUCGAAUUGGUCAAAAGAAGGAAAAGAUGAAUGCAGUCAAGGAACUACUGACGCAAAAGAAUGUUACUGUUAUUGGAAAAGAUGGACAACAAAAGCAAUUUACCAAAAAAUAAUGUAUAUGAUUUAUAGUUUAAAUAUAAGAAAAAACAAAUAAAUAAAUAGAUAGAUAGAUAGUGUAAAAUACGAAAGAUGUGGUAAUGAUAUGUUUAUACGCUUACUGUGUUAUACUACAUAUUGAUCAUAUUACAUAAUAAUAUAUACAUUAAAGGGAUUCAUCAUAUAAAAAAGAA